GACAUUGGUGGAGCCAGGCCCUGAAUAUUGCUGGAGCCCGGGCACCACGGGCCCCUACAACUCACCGCCCUGUAUUUGGGGUCAGGCAGAGAGUUCACCUAGGUCAGAUUGGUAGUGACUUCAGCAUUUGGGGUUUUUUGCCUUUCCCUGCAGUGUGUGAGUGUGGGUCACUUGCUCGGAUUACCUGGGUAUAUCUCAGUCACUACUUUGCCAUUGCAGGAGCCUCAGGCAUUGGUGCAUCUCGGACUAUGACACUAGUGAUCUUACAGUGCACAGCUGUACUGCUACAGCUGUGCCACUGUAAAGUCUCCUGUGUAGCUGCUCUGUGCUGAGAGCAGAGAGCUCUCCUCCUGGCAUAAUUAAGCCACCCCAAUGAGCAGGGGUAGCUAUGUCAGCAGGAGAGCGUCUCCCACCAACAUAGCGCUAUCCACACUGGCACUUUUGUCAGUGAAAUGUAUGUUGGUCGGGGGUGGCUUUUUUCCCCACCCCCAGUCCGACAAAAGUAUUACUAACAAAAGUGCUGGUGUAGAUGUAGCCUUAGUCCCGCCUAUUUGCUUGUGACACAUCAUAGUCUCGUCUCCUGUGGGCAGUAAUAUUCUGGUGGUUGAGUUUAGUGUAGGGUUUUGAGUGGUGGCGGUGGCCUGUGAUAUACAGGCAGUCGAACUAGAUUAUCUGGUGGUCCUUUCAGGCCUUUAAACUAUGACUGAUAUUCAGAGAUCUGAGUUCAAGACCCCGUUGCAUUGACUAUUUAAUUAUCAAUACAAAGUGAACAGCUUCAACAGGACAGAUUGAGAGACCCACCCCAGAAUACCCAAUAAUCAGUUGACACUCAUCUGAGACAUGGAAGACCUGGGUUCUCCCCACCUCAGGCAAAGGGGAAUUUUGAAUCCAGGGUUCCCAGAGCCUGGAAAAAUGUUGCCGACCACUUCAGUUAGUUCCCCAAACCAGGGCAAUGGUGCGUUAAACUCCAGGGAUGCAGCAAGACAUACAGCGGGUGCAAAACGCUACAAAUAUCUAAGGAGGCUCCUUCACUUCCGGCAGAUGGACUUUGAGUUUGCUCUUUGGCAGAUGCUCUACCUGUUCACUUCACCACAGAGAGUUUAUAGAAACUUUCAUUACCGAAAACAAACAAAGGACCAGUGGGCAAGAGAUGAUCCUGCUUUCUUGGUAUUGCUGAGUAUUUGGCUGUGUGUCUCUACUAUAGGAUUUGGAUUUGUGCUGGACAUGGGAUUUUUUCAAAUGAUAAAGCUACUUCUUUGGGUUGUGUUUAUAGACUGUGUAGGCGUUGGCCUUCUAAUAGCAACUUUAAUGUGGUUUAUUUCUAAUAAGUACUUGGUAAAGCGACAGAGCAGAGACUACGAUGUGGAAUGGGGAUAUGCCUUUGAUGUUCAUCUGAAUGCUUUCUAUCCACUUCUAGUCAUUUUGCAUUUUAUCCAACUGUUUUUCAUCAAUUAUGUUAUCUCGUCAACCUCCUUCAUGGGAUAUUUUGUUGGGAAUACAGUAUGGCUCAUUGCAAUUGGUUAUUAUAUCUACGUAACAUUUCUUGGGUACAGUGCAUUGCCGUUUUUGAAGAACACAGUUAUCCUUUUGUAUCCAUUUGCACUCUUAAUUCUGCUAUAUGUGCUCUCAUUAGCACUGGGAUGGAACUUCACCAAGACACUUUGUACUUUCUAUGAAUUCAGAGUGAAAUAAAAACAGGUCUUCAUAUGUCUCUACUGUGUAGUUUGUCUUAGCUGCUGACAGUAUGAACACCUAAGACCUCUUGUUGUAAAUGGUUGUACAUUUUCUUUGUAGAUAACUGUAAAAAGCUUGAAGUGUCUAUUGCAAUUUUUAAUGAUUAAAGUAUUUACAAACAGUAAAAAUGUUAGGUAUUCUGUAUGAAUACUUUUGCAGUACAUUCCUCAAGACAAACUACCUGUACAUUUUUGUAAUAAAUCUACUUAUGAAUAAGU